AUGUUCUCCAAACUUAAACUGAGGAAAGCUCCUCUUUCACUCAGUUCUGUAUCCAAUGUCAUCAAAACAUCAGGAGCCAAGGACCUUUCACCAAAGGAAAUCAAGGGGAAAAACAUUGACCUCAAAGUCAUUAAUCAAUUGGGUAUCCCCCGAUCCUCCGUGGUUGCCGUCGCAUAUGAUCCAGUGCAAUCACUUUUAGCUAUAUCCACCACCAACAACGAUGUCAGAGUCUACGGCCAAGUCAAUGUCGAAGUCGUGUUUGAAUUCAACCUCAAGCAUCCCAUCACCUUCCUUCGUUUCAUCAAGGGUGUGUACUUGGUGUGUUGGUCGUCGGGAUCAGGAUUGAGUAUUUUGUCGUUACACUCAAAGAAAAUCUUGGGAACAUAUCUGUUUUCCGGGGCAAUUACCUGUGCUGAGGCUGAUCCAAGCUUGGACUUUUUGAUUUUUGGAUUGAACAACGGUAGUGUGUUGUUUUACGAUGUUGAUCGCAUGAAUUUGACCCCAUUUAGAAUCGACAAUUUACAAAAAAAGGUGUUGCCCAAGGAGAAAAUGUCGCAUGUAGUGGCGAUUGAAUGGCAUCCCCGUGAUAUAGGAACGCUCUUGAUUGCCUAUGACAAGUGUGCUAUCAUAUACUCGUUAAUGUCGGGGGAAAUCAAGAAUACUUUUACCUACCAGUUACAGAAAGGCGCCAGAGCUUUUGAAUAUUCAUCCUAUAUCCUCCAUGGUGGUAAGAAGAAGUUGUUUUCUAGUUCCAAGGAUAUCACUCCCGACUUGACAUCGGCUCAUUUCCAUCCGAAUGGGUUACAUAUUGUCACCACCCACAUUGAUAAUUCCAUUGUCUUUUGGGAUAUCUCCAGUCCCACUCCAUUAGAAGCAAGAACCGUGUUUGAAACUCACAUUCACAAACCUGGUAACCCAAUACCAAUCCCCGCGGAUGGGUUUAACCUCAUUGAGGACGUGAAGUGGGUCUGUGGGGAAGACCCAGAAAACACCAAGUUACUCAUCUGUGGUGGUGAUGCUCACAGCACUAAUGUGGUUCACGUGCUUGAUUUCGGAUACACCUUAAAAUAUUCGUUAACCUCGUAUGACAAACAGCUGGAAUUCUACGCCCUGCCUCAAUUAGGACAACGAAUGAUUCCUAUUACCUUCUACUUGAAUGAAACAAACGAAAAAGAGAAACUUGUCCUGAUCCAACCCAUGAACGACAACGGUUUACCUUAUUUCCAUGGUGGACAUAAUCCGGCUUAUUUGCUCCUUGUUUCCAACUUGGGUCAAAUUUACUUUGUCUUGUUUUCUGAUAAUGCUGGCGGUCAAGGCAGUACUGAUUUAGGAAGAGUUGUAUUGCCCACGUCCGUCUCAUUUGUGCAUCCACCUUUAACUUCAUAUAAUCUUGAAGAAGUGUUUCGUAUGGAUUGGUAUAGUAUUGUGUCAUCACGCCAGUCAACUGGUGCUAGUUCCAAAGUUAGAUCAUUGCUUAUAGGUGGUGCAUCGGUAAACAUUGGUUUCUUGCCCAAGCCCAUAGGUGCAAAUGAUUCAAUCAGAAACAUUUUGAUUACAGGGCAUGAAAAUGGGUUGGUUCGUAUUCUCGACGUAACCAAGGGAGAACAAGAACAAAUGGAGAAUAUAGUACAAGUGGGACUUCGCGAAACGUUGUACGACCAUGGUGACCCACGUUCUCUUCGGGUAAAGUUUGUUUCAUGUGCGUUCCAGAAUCGAGAAUUGUUGGUUGGGUUGGCCAGUGGCGAAGUUGUCAUUUGUAAAUUUGGCAAAAACACCAGUCGUGGGACGGGCAUACCCCAGGGCAAGGACUAUCAUGAUACCCCUAUACAUCACCAGAAUGGGAACGCCAAGCUUUUGGAUAUUAGUGGGAGAAUCCUGGGUUCAAUCACCCUGUCAGCGUCAUUCUUACCUACCAAUUUGCUUCAGGUUGAACCUAGUGAAAAUAUCUCCGUGAUGAAGAUGAGUAAAGUUGGAUUUGCUGCUAUCGGUUACAAAUCAGGGAGAUUGGUUGUGUGUGAUAUCAGUCGAGGUCCUGCGGUUAUUCUCAAUCUAGAGAGAGUUUCAGAACACUUGUCUACCGUCACUGGAAACUGUUACCCUACUGCCAUUGAAUUCUCGAUCAUGGAAUACGGUAAUGAUGGAUACUCUUCGAUUUUAUUACUUGUCGGUACCAACUGCGGUGGGAAUCUUCUCGUAUUCAAGAUCAACCCAAUGGGAAAUGGUGGGUUUGAAGUUGUGUUUGCUACUAGAACAAUUCAAUUGAAUUACAGAACCAGUGAUCCGGCUAAUGCUGAAGCAUCAUGCAUUUCCGAAAUAAUCCCCAUCAAUUCCGAAGAUGGAACUUCAGCCGUGGCAACUAUGGAUAAUUUCACUAGGUUAAGUCAAGGAGUCAGAAUACCGGGGUACGUAAUCACCACAUCUGAUCGUGAUGUCCGUGUUUUGUCGCUUCCAAAAACCAAGUUGUCACAUAAGGUGGUGGAAGAUUCCUGUUUGAAAUGUAGUGUGGUGAAUUUCCGAGACCAAGGAGUUGUUCUUGCCAUUCUUGUCAAAUCUGGGUUUGUUAAGUUUUGCCUGUUGCCUGCUCUUCAAGACAUUGUUGAUAUUAAAUUGCCUAAAGAAGUGUAUCUGCAAGUACGCGGGUCUUUAGAAUCUGGAUUGGCCCAACAGUCGAAUUUAUUAUCCACAGGAGAAUUAUAUGUGCGGUCAUCCAAGACUGAAUCAGUUUACAUAUCAGUAUAUGAGAAGGUGAAGUUCAAAGGCGGUGACUCCACCACAGAUCUUCUUUUCAAUGCUACUGCUGUCAUCCCACCACGUCCUACUGCCAGUGCGCUUUCGUGGGCCAAGGGUCAAGCCAGUUACAUGACCACGGCGGAAUUAACUGCCUUGAUUGCUGGACCUAAUCGAGGCCACCCCAAAACCAAAGAAAGUGAAUUGGCAUUCAAUAUCUCACCUGAGGCAAAUACAGCCCAGGGGUAUGGUGGGUACGGAAUGCAACAGCAACAUCACCAGAAUCAACAACAGCAAACACAAAGACCGUAUGAUCCACCCGUGAGGAGAUCGACUGCUGGGUCUGGUGGUGUUGGCAGUCAAGGGUUUAUGAGGCGGAUCCAGGAUGGAAUACAACAGGUGGAGGAGACGUUUAAUGAUUAUGCUAAUUCCGUGACUGAAAAUGUUACUGAGGGACUAGCUGAUCAGAAGAAAUCAUUCUAUAGUUCGGCAUUGAAGAGUAAAGUAGGGUUGUGA